AGAUCUUGUCAGCUGAUCGCACGCGGUCGAAGAAUUUUAGGUUAGAAUAGAAACGUGCUUUGUAUAUAUUCUAUUGUAUUAACGUUAUCAUUUAUAUAUUUUUAAAUAAUGGAGGAAGAAGAAGAAGAAAAGUGUCAGGAUGACGAGGAAAGAGAAUUUUAUUUUGAAUCAGAUCAUUUGGCAUUAAAGGGUAAUAAGAAUUAUACUGCUCUUUUAAAAACCAUUGUUAUAUUGGAAGCACAAAGGACACAGGCUAUUGAAGAUCUAGAUAAACUUUUAGCAGCUCGUUCUAAAGCCAUGAAGGAUCCAAUAUCUUUUGUAGCACAAUUACAGAGUGGCGAUUUGCCAGAAUUACCAAGUCCGCAAAAGAUUGCUGAUAUUCCUUAUAUUGAUUGGGCACAAUACAACAUAGCACUGCCUGACACACGUAUGAGGCCACAAACAAGACAUGGACAUAUACUUCCACAAACACAAAUUAAAACUGAUCAAGAAAAUGGAAAGAUUUUAGUAAGAGGACGUGCUUUUGAUGAGAGCAAACCAGAGACAUUUAAUCAAUUGUGGACUAUAGAAGAGCAAAGACGUUUAGAAGAAUUAUUGAUUGAGUAUCCACCAGAAGAGGUUGAAAUGAGACGAUGGACUAAAAUUGCUAAUGCUUUAGGCAAUCGAACUCCAAAACAAGUGUCCAGUAGAGUACAAAAAUACUUUAUUAAAUUAUUAAGAGCUGGCUUACCGAUACCAGGCAGAGGACCAAAAGUAAAAUUUGACGUUAAGAAGGGUUUUAAUCAUCGUCAUCAACGAAAUAAUUAUAUGCUAUUUAAACGUUCAACAUUUUUCCCACAUCAAGAUUUAUCUUUUGUUACAAAUGAAGAAAGUAAAGAACAGCCAAUUAUUGAAGAAUCCGAGGAUGAUAUUGGAAAUAUUUGCACAGAUGAUAAUUCGGAAUUGAGACAGAUAGAACUAGUAAGACAAGUUAAGACAGAAAAAGAGCAUGAGUCAUAUCCUGUGUACAAACACGUUGGAUAUAAGUGUGUAGUAUGUGGAGAGGAACCAUUGAAGGGUACAAGAUGGCAUUGUUUAGAAUGUCAAAAUGGGAUAGAUUUAUGUGGUGAUUGUGCCGUGGCUCAAAUAGAAGCUGAAAAUCCUACACACGAUCCACUGCACAAAUUAAUUCCAAUAAAACAAUCCCAAUAUAGUCAAAGCUAUGAUUUAGAUUAUUUUCCACAAAAUUUUAAUAAUUCUUCUUAUAAUUAUCUCGAUCCUAAUUUUUUACCUGAAUAAAACAUAACAUAAUAUACAUAUAAAAUUUUUGCAAU